AUGCGCUCGGAAAGUAGACUCUUAGAAUCGCGAACAGCCUCUAUUCUCUACCUCGCGGACAAGAACGGCGUCAAUAUCCACACCGCAACCGAUGACAUCAUCUUAAUAGCCAUCAAGACUGUUUCCAAUUGCCAUACCGCAGUCUUCACCGUGGCGCCCAUCCAUCUACUGCAGCGGCGAGACUCUCCCCUCGGUGGCUGGCGAGGAGGACCGACUUGGGGGAUGAUUAACGCGACAUCCUACACCCCUCUCGAAUUGCUACUGUUGUUCACCUGGAUUCGAAAGACAGGAGCCGAGGCCUUCGAAGCUGCCGCCUUUCCCAGGCUCUCGCGCGAUCUCAUCAACAACGACUCCAUCAAGGAGGACCCCACUUAUGAUGCCUCGCGAUUAAAUCCCGACUCGCUCCAAGAGCUCUUCCUGCAGUUACUGCAGGACGAGCUGAAGAAUGAGGCAACUCACCACCAACAACAAGAUGCGACUCCCGCCGAUGCCACGCUGUCGCCAAACAGCAAGAAGCGCAAACGCCCAGGCACGACUCCUCAGUUGACGAAUCUACACGAAGCUCGACAGCAUGCCCAUAGGCUACCGGAUGCCGAGGCCAAGCUAUGGGACAAGUACAAGCAGAGGACAGCGCAGCAGCUGUGGGAACAACAGGAAGAGAUAGGCAAGCUGGAGGCCGAGAUCCAAGAGAUACAGUCGCAGCAGAAGAAGCAGCAGGAAGUCGAAGCGGACAAGUUGCGCAAGAGUGCCAUACCCUUUGCCUUCCGCAAUGCGGCUGGCAGCGGUACUAGAUGGACGGCAGCCCAGCCAACACCCUCUACUCCAGGGCCUGGCAUCGGCGAUUUGGCAAGUCCUGCGUUCGAGCCUCUCAGCCCUAUCUUACAUACGGACCGACUCUCGAACUCCGCCGCUCAAACAUCGCCCACGAAGGCCAAGACCGACGACGACGUGCCAGCUGGUAAGAAGUCAUCCAGCACUCCCCACAGUGCGCAGCGUGGGCUCGAGACUCGCGAGCCUUCUCGCCAAAGACGAACACCUUCUGUCGUACCGACGCGCGAGGUAGCCGAUGAAGCGGACGCGGAAUCUGCAACCAAGGUUAAGCGUGAGGAAGCAACGCCGAAGCCGCUGGAAGAGACUGGUGAUACCACCGCAGAUGAGAGUGUAUCAGGCCGACGCCAGUUGACCUCGCCUAGAGCCUCGAGAGUUGCUGGCAAGCGCAAGCGUCAGGAGUCGUUGGCAUCUGACCAUCGUGCAGCGUCGGAGAAUCGACCUCGCGUCCCUCCGCCUCCUCCAGGUAUUCCAACUCAUGUGCUAUGGACUCGCGGCUUCCCCCGAGUUAGUGUCUCCACUCUAGACCAAAUUUCCGGCCACAAGCACGCAAAUAUGUUUUCUCAUCCUAUUCGUGAACGAGACGCCCCGGGUUACAAGACGAUUGUGCUUAGUCCUACAGAUCUGAAAUCAAUCAGGGCGGCGAUCACGGCAGGGAACAAAGCCGCAGCAGUCGCUGCUGCCGCCCUCCCUGAAGGCGAACAAGGCACCAGUAGCGUCUGGCUACCCAUCAGCGAAGAGCUCGUGCCGCCCCGUGGCAUCAUCAACAGCUCACAACUCGAGCGCGAGCUGGUGCACAUGUUCUCCAACGCCAUCAUGUACAACCUAGACCCGCACCGAGGGCCAGGCACUGCCUUCAUGAAGGGCAGUGGGCGAGGCGGCAAGGGAGCCAACGACCACGGCCAGGGCGGUCAUGGCGCUGGAGGGGCCGACCCAAGUUUUCUCGGAUACGCCGUUGACGAGAAUAGCGUUGUCAACGACACCCAGGCCAUGUUCGCGGAGGUCGACAAGCUGCUCAUGGAGCUGCGCUCUACUGAGGCGCAGCCCGGAGUUUCACUGGCGCCGUUGCCGCCCGGGGCUGUGCCUGCAAGUGAUCGGCUGGCCCGCUGGGCUGCGUUCACGGCUGCCUCGUCGGCCGAUACGCCUGCUUCUCUCGCUGCUGCUGGUGAGGACCUGGGCGAGGAUGGCGAGGAGCAUCACACGGACCGCGAUGCUGAGAGCACCAGUGGGACUGUCAAGAGGCGACGGGUCGGUCGCGGCUAG